UCUCUCUCUAGAUCUCUCUGUAUUCUGCAUUCGCCGAGCUCUUUCACAAUGUGUUUAUAGAAUAUUGCUGUGUUCUCUCUCUUUCUCUCUCUCUCUCUCUCUCUCUCUCUCUCUCUCUCUCUCUCUCUCUCUCUCUCUCUCUCUCUCUGUGAGGCAAGCAGGGCAGCAGAGCGGUGAACUCAGCGUGUUCUCACAUCUGUAUUGGGCAGGCUGGUGAGUGUGUGAGAGAGCACUGAGCAGGGAUGAGCACCAGACAGUGAAGAAGAGAACGACAGAGGAAUAAAAAAAAGGAGUGCAGCUGGAGUCGGAUGCUGUGGUGAACGAGAGCUGGCAUACCUCUCUCUCUCCCUCCAUCUCACUCAGUCUGUCUCCCCCACUCCCAUGCUGUUGUGAUAGACAGCACGGCACUCUCGGCUCGGCUGCAUGGAGGCACAGGGAGGGGCAGGGAGCCCAGAGCCCAAUAAAGACAUCCAGAAGUUGCUGAAGCCCUCCAGCUCAGGGGACCUUUCCAAGGAGUUGUACCAUCACCCAGUGGGGGAAGAGGAGGGAGGGCUCCCAGGACACACCGCUGGCCUGCUGCACGUCACCGAGAGGAGACGUGAGUACCGGGAGCCUCUGAGCAGCGUGUCCUCCCUGGAGGUGCACUUUGACCUCCUGGACCUGACAGAGCUAACCGACAUGUCUGACCAGGAGCUGGCUGAGGUGUUCGCUGACUCUGAUGAGGAGAACCACAACGAGUCCCCAGCAGGCCACCACCAGCCACCCCUGCCCAGAGGAGGCUACAUGCGCUCCCCCUCGUGGACCCGUUGCAGCAAGGCUGAGCCCCCCAGGGAGAGGAAGCACCACAGCGACUCCGACACCACCGCAGGGCCCUUAAUGAAGCUGGAGAGGCCUAAGCAGCCUUGAGAGCCCACGGGUCUCGGAAAGAGAGAGGCCCAGAGCGGAAACACCGGGAAUGGACACCGAGACCACACCAACUGCCCCAACCCCUGCGCCGGGCACUGAGACAACCAUGGUGCUGAAGACACUACAGACAGACUGAGCUCUCGAUGCUGUGCACUGUAUUAUAAACUUAACAUGAAACGACGGCUGUGAGUGAAAUACACAGACACACACAUGCAAACACACACAAAAUGACACACGGAUAUCUGCAAAACCACACACACGUACACACAUGCUAUUUAUUGUGUUUUCCAUGCAAGGGGUUCCUCUGGCACAAACACUGGAGGGCCAGUGUGCUUUUUGAGGCUUUGUUUGGGAUGAACAACAGGGUAUAAGGCUGUCCCAGUGUGGGGAGAAUGCUUAGUUAAAAGCCUCCCCAUCCCUACAGCAUCUUAGGGGUGGGAGAGUAGGCUUGGAGGGGUGGGACGGACCCUGACAUCUGUGACAACCUCGGCUACAAAAUAUCAUGUGACAAAGUUAACGAGAAUACCCACUCCAGUCAAACAAAUGACUGGAAUAUGGACGUCAUUAUGCGAUAGUACAGCAGGCAAUCUGGAAGUCUUCUUUGUAAUUAGAAUAAGAGUCCAACCUGAAUCUAUUGCACAAUGUUCUCCCUUAAAGUGCCAGGGCCAUCUGCUCUCUGAAUGACUUUCUUCAGGCUUUCUGUAGGUUGUAACUAAAUGGAGGCAAUGGGCAGUGUUUCAGUGGGGCCACUCUCUAUCGCUCUCUUUUCUUCCCAUCCUCUCCCUCUCUCUCUUCUUCUACCUCUCUCUACCUGAGAGGAAACCGGUGUGGCCACAGUAAACUAAAUGUAUUUGCAGAUAUGAUAUGAGAUACGACAGCAGCCCUUCUCACCAACAUUACAUUCAACACUGUGGAUCUUGUCCUUUGCCAAACCAGGUGAUGUGGGGAUGGGUGGUGAGAAAAAUAAAGAAUUUCAUGCAAACAAAGUGAA